AUGUGGCAUCAAGGACAAGUUCCCCAGGGUUUCAGGGACGUCCACCUCUACGGGCAAAAAGGAAACCGACAACUUCGGGAUCACCACAGAGAUACCGCACUGUUCGUUGUUGCGGGGAAGAUCUCCGCUCGCAUCAUCCUCGAACAUCUAAACGGUCAUCUGGAAUACGGGAUUCUCCUGGAAAACCAGUGUGGUUUGAGACGAUACUGUGGAACCACUGAUGUGAUCUUUAUUGCUCGCUAUAAGCAAGAGAUGUGCCAGGAAAUGCGUGGCAUAUUUAUGGACGCCUACCGUGAUCAGCGCUCUGGGAUCGGCAUCGUCAACAGGGCCGGCGAUCAUCCCCUCAUUACCCGGCGCAUGCAGGCUCCAACGCGUCUUUCCACAGCUACUGUCUACGACCCGUUCUUCGUGGAAGAUUGCGCGCUCAACGCCGCGACAAAAUUGGAUGUGCAACAAAGCAUAACUCUCUUGGCCUUCGGCUGCGCAAACUUCGGGCAGACGUCAAACACGGAUAGAACAAUCGUCAUGCACAUGCCGUCGACCAACGCUGAGAAGCACAACUCUCGCAUCACUGUCGGCGGCAGCCAACUCCAAACAGUAGAUGAUUUGGCGUAUUUAGGCAGUAAACGCACGUAA